AUGCCUGCCGUAAAUGACGGCAUUGAAGUUCGUGGCUCCAAGGGCGGUGCCAAAGGCGGCCGCUCCAUACACGCGACGCGCCGCUUCAAGCCGGGCGACGUCAUUGCUCUCUUCGACGAACCGGCCGUCGUCCUCCCGCCAGGCCACCGCGCGCUUGAGUAUUGCAACCACUGCCUGAAAAGGCAAGGUCACGCGGGCGUGGGAAAGCUGCGCGCUUGCACGGGCUGCAAGACGGUCGCCUACUGCGGCGCUGCCUGUCAGAAGGCCAACUGGACGCUGAUCCACAAGGUCGAGUGCAAAGCAAUCCAGUUCCUGCAUGAGGUCAAGCCGGCACAUCAGCCCGAUUGGGUGCCCACGCCCAUCAGGGCCGGGGCGCAGGUGAUGCUGAGGCCGAAGUUGAAGGAGUCGUUUGAUGCUUUGGAGGGGCACGUCGAGGAGUGGAGAAAGAACGACGAGAUGGACUUGCAGCUUCAGGCGCAUGGGGUUUUGAGGUGCUGUGGGCUUGAUGCCAUUACUUUAAAGGGGCUAGAAGAGUCUUUCCAGGUUCUAUGCAAGCUUCAGACGAACGCUUUCAGUCGGACGGAGGAGUACUAUGAGACGGGCGGUGUCUUCUUGGAUACGACGUUGGCCAUGAUCAAUCACUCCUGUGUGCCCAACGCGAUGGUGCAGUUUGGAGGACGGACUGCCACACUUCGAUCAGCCACGUUCAUCAACCCUGGCGAUGAAAUUGAAAUUUCUUACGCCGACCACACACAACCUAAGGGCAAGAGACAGGGCGAGCUCGACCUCUAUCAUUUCGAGUGUUCUUGCUACAAGUGCGAGCAUGAUUUAGACGAGUACCAAAUCGCCAUGAACGACCCGACCAUUGACCUCAACAGCAUGAGCGUCAUGCCUGACAUCGAGCGGUUCAAGAAUCCACCCGGCGGCGGCAAAACCGAUCCUCCACAGGGAUUGAUGGGCUUGAACAUCCAAAAGAUCAUGCCCGUCUUCCCGCGCGACAUGCCACGCGACGAGAAGCGUGAGUGGCUGAGGAAAGCGUACAAGACUGGAUCGUAUUUCGUGACCACGGGCAAAUGGGCCAUUGAACCAUUUGCGCAGGUGGUAGACGAGGCAGCGUACUACUUUGGAAAGGACCGGGGAAACCACGAGUGCGCCCUCGCUAUUGCUUGCUUGUCCGCGUACGAUAUUGAACCAUUCAAACACGUCGCGCCGUUCCAUCCCUCAAGACUCAAGGGAUUGUCUGCCAUUGCCAUCGCUUUGUCGAAUACGGCGCCCAACCCUGGCAAGCUCACCAAGCUUGCUAGAGACAUGGCUGCGCUGAAGAAGUUUCCGCCUGAAAGCGUCAAAUUGCUGGAGAAUCUGGACCAGGUCUCUCUGUGUCAGAUGGUAUUGUCGAUAAUCGACUUUUACAGCGACCUCGCACCGUCAGCUGACUGGGAGCCUCUGGUGCUCGCGAAGGAGAUGCUGAAGGACAUUGAAAGCCUUCCUGGUCGGGGGAAAGAGACUACUUUGAUCCUUGCGUGGAGGACAGACCCGAAGACCAUGGAUGACUUUUUCAGGUUUGGUCUUGUUGAGCCGAUCAGGACAUUGUCCGAGCUUGGAAAGGUUGUGCUAGAAGUAGAUCUGGGCAUGGACCGCGAUCUGUCUGCCAAAUGA